AUGCGGUGGCCAGGGCCGUUACUCAAAUCCCUCUACGGGGAGGAGACGAAACUGAUCAACUCGUCUGGCCCCAUAGAAGCUUGCAGAGUGUGGUUGGAGAGAGAAUCGGAGGUUAUGGGAUUAAAUGCAUUUGGGGAUAGAGAAACAUGGAAAAGCAUAUGGGCGAUGAAGGUUCCUCCAAAUGUAAUGCAGUUCAUGUGGCAUUUUAUGAGAGAUGCUCUGCCGACAGGGGAUCAUGUGAGCACCCGGAGCAAGAAGUGGAGUGAUCGGUGCCUGUUUUCAGCGAUGUUAAAGAAACUCAAAAGUGAUGGCGACUGUUUUGAAUGGACACGACAGGUCAUGCAGCAGAUGAGAAAGAAUGUGGUGGAGGAAUGGUGUAAUUUGUUGUGGUUCUUGUGGAAAGAACGAAAUUCCCAACUCUUCAACGGUCACAAGAAAUCGGAAGAUAAGAUUGUUGUUCGAGCACACUAUUUCCUAAUCGACUAUAAGGAGCACCAGCUUAGUGAGGAAGCUAUUAGAGAAAUGGGGGAGGGCCAGUUCGAGAAGAAGUGGAAGCGGCCAUGCCAAGAAGCUUUGGCCGCUGAAAUGGGAGUCCAAUUCGCAAGGUAG